AUGGACCCCAGUCAGCAAAAUCCCCAGGAUCUCUCCUCCGCCUCGUCGCGGGCGCCGCUGGCCGGGGGUCGUCAGAUCACUCGCAACCGCGCCAGCUACAGUUGCCACACUUGUCGCCGCCGCAAGGUCAAGUGUGACAAGGUCCACCCAAUAUGCGGGAACUGUAUCAAGACCGGAGCCGAGUGCGUGUAUGAUGUUUCAUCCGAGAAGCGGGACGAUACCAAUGCGAAUGCGAAUGUACCCGAGUCAUCAGGCCGAUCGGGCCAUGGCGUGAAGCGCCGCCGAGCGACCCCGCGAACAUGGGAAGAAGAUGUCGACGAACUCCAAUCUAUAUACGGCCAUUUGCGACAGGCUGGGUCGUCAGAGGGGAAUAAAUCAGACCCGCGCGCAAUUGAAAAUCGCCUAGAUAAAUUGAUGUCAAUGAUUGAGAAGAUCGGCGGUACUGGACAGCCAUUGGAAGACGCUGAGAGACAGGCAACCCUCGGGGCAGAUCAAUCAUUCCUGGAGGAAGUGCGUCAAAACAGUGCUCGGAAUGGAAGGCCAAUACCUUCUCGCCCCUCUAGCCCGCGUCGUAUGGCGGCCGAGUCGAGCGGUGAUGAAUUCCCUAUACCAUCAGGCCAGGCUACAGACCUUGUGGACCCAGUUGGGAGCCUCAAUUUAGGCCAUCUAAGCCUGGAUGAUGGGGGAAGGUCCAGAUACGUUGGGACGACUUAUUGGGCGUAUAUAUCUCAUGAGAAACUCCCAAACGACGACUUCAACGACCCCAGUGCUGGGAAUAGGAGACAAUGGCGAGGCUCUCUCGCCAGCUCUCCACCUCCGACUACACCUGGCUCCCGCGUCGGCUCAUUUCAACAGUCUAUCAUUUUCCCUUCUGGUGAAUCCCCAUCGAUGAGCGACAGAGCUGUUGAACCAGAAAUGCUGGAGCACAUUCCAACCAGACGGCAAAGCCACAUUCUGUACAAAGGCUUCAUGUCUGGGGUGCAUGCCAUCAGUCCUGUCAUCCACCCGCCGACGGUGCUCAAGCUGUACAACACCUUUUGGAAAUGGUACGAUUAUAGCAGCUACUCGGGGGAGGCAUGUCCGAUCCCGUCGUUCAUUCCUCUUCUUUACGCAAUUUGGUAUGGUGGCUCCGUCACGGUCUCCAUUCGAACGAUCAAGGCUGAGUUUAACACGUCAUCACGAGAUGCACUGUCUAUAAUGUACAGCGAGGCGGUGACGAGGUGGUUGACGAAGAUAUCUUUCCCUCGCAGCCCAUCUCUUCAGGGGCUUUCUGCCUAUCUGAUUGUCCAGACGAUCCUAUCUAAAGAGGAAGAGCCACUGACAAGCAGUCUUUUCGUCAGUCUGGCGAUGCGUGUUGCGCAGACGAUGGGGCUUCACCGAGACCCUGCUAACUUUGGGAUCGAGCCUUGCGAAGCAGAGUAUAGACGGAGGCUAUGGUGGCACAUAAUGCACAUGGACGGUGUGGUGGCAAUGUCCAGUGGACUGCCUCCACUUGUUAGCGAUGAAAAUUAUUGGGAUGUGCGACAGACAAGCGAACUAAAAGAUACUAUGCUGGGAGUUCCAGCUGCGGAGAGUUAUGAGCAGUUGGUCACAUCCAAGCAGAGAAUACCAGACAAUCCCGAUGACCCGACUGUCUGUGGUGGGCCAUCAAUGGUGAACGUAUUCUAUCUCACCGCGAGGGGCAAAUAUAUCAUGGCUUGGUCCAUUCGUCGAAUCUUGCGAAUCCAACUUGGCACAAAGCCUGUCACUCGCCAAGAUAUGGAGGAAUUAAAAACAAUCCUUAUGGAUCUUCAGCUCAAGCUGAAUUCCAUUGUCGGCAGGAUACCCGAAAGUCAUAUCACAGACCGUACAUCCGUCUCAACCGGGCGCGCACUUUCCAUGUCCAAGUCUCCUGUGGAAUCUCACUCAGGUGAAAGCGAACUUCCAGGCGAGGGGCCGAAUGGAUGCCCUGAACAGUACCAUUCUGCUGUUCUUGUGUCUUUCCAUAAAUGGGCGCGUAUCAUUCUUUCACUCUAUAUUGACAAGGCUUUCUGUGUCGCCUACCAGCCCUUUCUAAAGAAUGCCCGCAGCCGCAUAUGGCCUGCAGCACGGCAAAGUGCUCUUCGUCAUUGCCACGGCUUUAUGGAGAAGUUCAUUCAGCUCGCCACAGAUCCGGAUUUCCAACCAUUUCAGUGGAGUUGGCCAGGUAAUCACCAACCGAUGCACGCGACGAUGAUCAUGCUCAUCGACCUUUACGAACGUCCAUAUAGCCCCGAGGCAUUUAGAUCACGGGCCUUUAUCGAUCGCAUCCUGGCCCUCUCUGGGCCAGAUGGAGGAGUGGUAGGUGGCGAGGAUGGUGUUUCUACGCAAAGACCGCUAAAAGAUGGUGGCCGCGAGGCAUGGGAUAUGAUUCGCCGUCUCCGUCAAAAGGCGUGGCAGAAGGCUGGCCUCAAUCCCCAGAUGCUCUGGACUGAACAAGAUCAAAUCCAGGCAGGCAUCACAUCGCCAGCCCCAGAGCUCAAUGCCAUGCGAGGGCCACUAUACUCAAAUCCAUCAUCCCCAGCUGCCUCUGGUGCAAGUCAAAAGCCACCACCUCCGCCAGAUCGCCAACUGAUGGAUUUCAAUCGAACAUUCUACAAUAUGACCCGCACCCAUAUCCUCCCAAAUCCUGUGGCAUCCUCGGCUGCUCGCAGGCCCAGUCUCCUUCGAUACUCUCUUCAGCCAUCCUCCACGAAUCAGUACGCUGCUUCAGCCACAGCCCCACAGUACAGUACACCUGCAGCAAGCAUAACAUCCCCCAUUGCAGCAACAUCCCCGGAGAUUGCAUCUACUCUGCGCUCGCCAUCGUCCAAUCUAUCCCCCCACUGCACAACCCACAAUCCCCGUACCACAGCCCCAACAACACCAACAACCGCCUUUUCCAAGCACUGA